AUGUCGAAGCUGAUCACAGUUUUUGGAGCCACCGGCGGACAGGGCGGACCCGUGGCGCAGGCUCUGCUACGUAGUGGAUUUAGAGUGCGAGCAGUAACCAGGAGCACGGAGAGCGACAAGGCCAAGGCGUUGAAGGAUGCGGGGGCGGAUGUCGUAGCUGGCAGCGUCACUAACGCAGAAUCCGUUCGCGCGGCCGUGACGGGAGUCCACGGCGUGUACCUGGUGACUCUGGUGUCGCCGGACGAGGAACAGGUGGGGAAGGCUGCAUCGGACGAAUGCAAGAAGGCUGGAGUCCAACACGUAGUGUUCAGCGGUCUGGACUCGGCCAAGGACAAGAUAGGGAAGGCUGUCCACCACUUUGACUCCAAGUCAGCAGUGGAAAAAUACCUGGACGAGAUCGGGGUUCCCAACACGUCCGUCCGUUUCCCGUUCUACUUUGAAAACUUUAUCGAUUUCGUCCAGUACUCCAAGCAGAGCGACGGGAGUUAUUCCCACACACUGCCCAUGAACGGACCCAUGGAUGCAAUGUCAGUUGCCGAUGGAGCACCGAUAGUAGUGGAGGUACUCAAAAACCCAGACAGGUACAUUGGGAAGAAAGUUGGGUUGAGUGCUGGGAGGCUCACAAUUGGAGAAUACACUGAAGUAAUAUCCAAGGUCACGGGGAAGACUGUGAAGUACAACCAGGUGUCGUUUGAGCAGUACGCCAACCAGCCCAACAACCCUUUUGCUGCCGAGAUGUCGGCCAUGUAUGAAUACUACAGCAAGGCGGACACUCCGUACGAUGAGAAGUUCACACGGAGCAUUAACCCUGACACCCUCACCUUCCAACAGUGGGCCAAACAGAACAAAGAGAAACUUCUGAAAAAGUUUGCUGCCUGA